AUGGAUAAUUUCGAUCUUGUGAUUUCCCUUCCUUUGGAAAAUGUACCACCAGGCGGCUUUGAUCAACCCGAAAACUCAGAAGAAUCUGACCUUUCUAAUGCCACAGAUCUGGAAGCGAUUGAUGUAGGUGGACUGCUACCCUCUUGUGAUAAUAAAAUGCCUCCUUCAUCACCUGAAAAGCGGCGAUUUCCCGGCUCUCUCGACAUCAAGACGUCAAGCGAGUCGUCUAUAUAUACGAAUGAAAAAGAAAUGACUGGCAAAAAACAGUGUGUUAUAGCUGAAGACGAUUGCCAUCCUAGUCAAUGGGCUGGACCUCAUUUUGAUUGGCUCUCCUCUACAAAAGCCCAGGCAAUUAGUCCAAAAUCCUCAUUGAGGUCAUAUAUUCUCAUGCAAUAUUUGCAGGCUAGUCCCUACGUUCCGCAAGUUGGAGACCAAGUUGUAUACAUUCCUCGUGGCCAUCGCGACUAUUUGGCUACAGCAUGGCAACAUGGUCGCCUUCCAGCCUGCCUAUAUCAUCAAACAACUGGCAUAAAUAAAGGUAAUAGCACCUCUGCCACUCAUCCUGGUCGUUCUUUGAGACUCCUGAAUACUAACAUCGACCCGGUUAUCCCAGCUAGUAAUUGGAUGCACUCUCUCGGUAGAUGGCUUGUUGAAGGCCUCGACCUAGAAGCCUCACCCCAAGAACGUUGUACCAAGUUCAAUGCAACUAUCAUGCGGGUUCCUGACAUGGAGGGAAGCGCCGGCCAGCUGAAAUGUGCUAAACAUUUGCAUGUUGUUCAGAGACGAUUGGAUGGCCUACCUUGGCAGAUUUGGCCUGAAAUUCCGGUAAUUCCUCCUUAA